CGCUUUCUCUCAACAUCGUUAUUUACUUGGCAACAUUUUGAUUCUAGAAAAAAAAAUCGUGAAAACUAUACAUAAAAUCAUGCCACCUCGUCCAUUAAGAAGAUAAACUGGAAUUGUGCUUAAGAAGUGUGCAAAUGUCACAAAGACAUCGAGGCACCUCGUAUUCUUGGAGUGGAUGGGAAGGGAGAGACUAUAAAGACGGGUUAAUCUUAUUAGCCCCACUCCUAUUUAUUGUUUGCCUUUUAUGUGCCGUUUGUAUUAUUUGGUUCAUUUGCAAAUGUUACAAAGAAUGUGCUAUAAAUAGUGUUGCGGUACCGACGGAUAUUGCCUAUCUGAGGGACAGGAGGAGUGCGAUGCCUGGUGUGGCGUCGAGGUCAAGUUUUCAGUCACAGAAUCGACCUAUGCCUCCACCCCCCGUCGCAAGACCUUCGGCUCCCCCACUGAAUGAGGUGUUGGUCCAGGAAGCGAUUCUGAACAACAUUGGUGAUCAAACGGUCCAAAGUGAAAGCAGACAAGAUUCUCCCCCGCCAUCGUAUAGCGAAUGUGUUAAUAUUGAUUUGCAAAAUUUAUAACGGAUUUUAUAAAUAUUGUUAUCUAAUUCUAUGUAUAAAGAGAUUAAAAAGUAUAUUUUCGCUCCACAAAAGA